UGUAAACAUGGUUGACGUGUAGAAGGUUCAGACAGAUAAUUUAAGAGGACUAUGUCGUGUCAGCUGACUCUGUUGGCUCACUUCAGUGACAUUUCAAAAGUCAAAAGUUAUCUAUUUCCUAAUUUGAAGGAGGAUUCACCAGAAAGACUUCUAAAGAAUGCUGCCAAUGACGGUGGAGGCUGGGAAGUGGACUGGGAUGACUGGAAUGAGGGGGAAGAAGAAGACAGUGAGUCAGCUUCCACUCCCAUGGAGGAGGAGGCAACUUCCGAAUCAACAAUAUCUGACACCAAACACAGCUGGCUUCAGGAUUGUGUCAUCUCCCUGUCACCAGCCAAUGACAUGAUUGCCAUUGCACAUGAACAAAAGAUUGUGCUGUUGUCUCAGAAGUAUGACCCCCAAAAUAAGGAGGCUGACAUUGAUACCAAGCUGACCAAAGUAUGGGAAGGGACCAUCCAUCAGGAGGAAGGAGAAAACAUCACUGCCAUUUUAUGUUUACCCCUCGCCUCACAGAAAAGGAGUACACAAGGCGGCCCAGACUGGACAUGUGUUAUAGUGGGCUUUUCCUCCGGACACCUCAGGAUGUACACAGAGUCUGGAACACUUCUGUUGUCACAGUUACUUCACACAGAGCCUGUACAAAAACUCAAGUGUCACACAUAUGAACCACCACGUUAUCUUGGCCUAGCAGAACAGCAUGAAGAGCUUGUAAUCCUAUUCAAGAGAGCGCUGGUUACUAUUGAUGGUUUUAGUUUAUUUCAAUCUCUGCGAGCCUGUAGGAACCAAGUCGCUAGGGCUACAGCCAGCGGGACAGACUCGUCCCUCCAGCCUCCUCCAUUGGCUUACAAAAAGUGGGGUCUCCAGGGUCAGGAACGCAUCCUCGACUGUUGUAGUUGUGGAGUCGGCACUCCCAACCCGUUUGACCAGAUGAAGGCAGCCGCUGUACUAGGAGGCCCCUCGGCCACUAUCCGCCCCACACCACCAGCUCACUCCAUGUACCUGACAUCCGGUAUUGAUCAUUAUGUUGGAUUCUUCUAUGCUGUGGAGGGAAGUGCACAGCCUAUACUGUCAGAAGUGGCUUUUGCUGUGGCCCAUAAACUCAAGUCUGCCAUAAUGUCCGCUGCAAGUGGCUGGUUAGGGUUUGGCAGUAAACAAAGAGAGGAUGAUAAACAGAAACCAAAGAUAGAGCCAGAGACACCGCUGUCACUCAGGUAUGGACUCCCUGACAAGAGACGACAGGGUGACAACAUAUUUCUCUCACCAAAUAACAACUACGCUGCCACCACAGACAGCUUUGGGCGAGUAACUCUGUUAGACGUGGAGAAUGGCAUAGCAGUUAGGAUGUGGAAAGGCUACAGAGAUGCUCAGCUUGGCUGGAUUGAGGUAAGAGAGGACAGUCCCCAUGGUAACCAUGACCAGGAGCUCUCAAGAGUGGCUCAGUUCCUCAUCAUCUAUGCUCCAAGGAGAGGAAUAUUAGAGGUUUGGACAGCUGCCAAUGGACCCAGGGUGGCAGCUUUUAAUGUCAACAAAUGGUGCCGCCUUGUCUGUCCAAGCUAUGGCAUUAUGGGAUUGAAUAAUGUCACUUGCCGUGGUGUCAAAACAAAGGUGUUUCAGUGUGCUCUUAUAGAACCCACAGGAGUCAUCAAAACACUGGAUAUACCUUUCCAUUUGGCACUCAGUGACAAGAAUAGUAAGAGGGCGAGGGAUCUUCACCUACUGAAGAAAUUGAAGACAGUGAUGAAGGAUACAUCAGAAGAGACCGAAUCUCUGGAGAGCACUGUGAAGAAUUUGCUAAAAGACAUGAGGAUAGCCAGUAUCAAACAACAGGGUAUGGACAGAGUGAUGGGAGCAAAGUACUUAUCAGCAUCCUGUAUGAGGCGAACAUUGAAGAUGUGUUUGGAGCAGGUCACUAGUAAGGAUGAGGAUACCUGGGACAUUGAUACAAAGCUGUUUGUCCGAUACUGUCAUCUCCAUGACAACCUACUGAAGAUCUACAAUGAGGUGAACACCAUCAACCAGACGACUGAACGAACAACCCCAGUGGCAGAUAUUACAGAGGAGCUGAUGCAGACGUUUCGCCUGAGCGAGUCAGAAGCUGCUCACAUAAUUACCCAGAUGGAACAGUGUGAUGUACAGGGCAGUGGUGGAAAGGAAGGUCGGAGAGUUAAGUUUGAUGUAGAAAGUAAAUUCAGUCCAGCUUCCUUUAUCAGCUGUUUCCACUGCCAUCUACAUUGUACUGAUGACCAAGAUUCCAGUCAACAUGGAUCAGUUACCAUAGCAACAAGAAUAAGCGAUGAGAAAAGGUCAAAUCUUGCCAAUUUCUUUUGCCAAAGUAUAUUACGUGAAACAACCUGCCCUAGUAAACUAAGCACUGUACUACAAGAUAGCAAGUUAUCACCCCAACUUCUCAUGAAGCUACUAGUGAUGUUCUGGCUGUCGGACGACAACAGGAAGCUGGCCAUGACUUUAAACCUAUACCACAUCGUGAAGAGUUUAACAUCAAUUAUAGAUAAGAGCACACUGAUUGUACCCCCGGGAGAGGUCUCGUCCUGGUGGCUCAAUAUUCGAGAGGCAUGUCACCAUAGCAAUGCUGUACAGGCAGCUUACAUCCUGGCACUUGUUUGUAGGUCGGUGGCAAGUGAAGUCAUAGACAGUCCGCUGGUGUCAAAGGACCCAGAUGCUGACACCGAGAGUGAAGUCCAGUCUACAUCUGAGUCACAGUCUGAUCAGCCUCCCCGAGAAUCUCAGUCUGAGGUAGAGGAUUGUCAACAGUGGAACACUAGUGUUAAAAAACUAGAAGAUGUUUUAUGUCUUAGCUGUCUGCUUCACAUUGCUCCGUCAGAGGUCAAAGGUCAAGCUGUACCAGAAUCACUCGCAGUCUCUGUUACGAAACUGAUGGAAGGUGGCAGAGGUGCUGUAUCUGAGUUAGUUGGUUGCUAUGUGACCCAGUCCAGCCUCCACCCCAGUGAUUUAUUCCUUCCCUGUCACAUGUCGGAAAGCACAGAAAUCCAAGGAGAUGCCAUGGAAGCCACUGAAACUUCCUUCCAGUCAUUCCUGGAGAGAGUUCAAGGUCAGAUGGAAGUACUGAAACAGAGACUUCCACACAGUAUGGAGGGGGAUGUACUCCUGGCUAACUGCUGCUGGGAGAAUGCUGUCCAGUGGAACAAAGAUACGGAGUGUCUGAAAAACCUCGAGUCUUCCUUAGAAUUUCUACGUUUGAUACAAAAUGCCAUCCUUAGACAAGGUGUUGGUAGUUUACUAUGGCACAUGUUCCUGGCCAAGACAUUUUCUGCUGCUGCUCAUCUCAUGGAAAAGGUUGGAAAAGUACCAAAAGACAGGCUAUGUAGAAAGGAGGUUAGGCUGAGUGAGGGAAGCAUGGCUGGCUUUAUAGGGUGUGCCUGUGACCUUUUGGAUAUCAUCAUGGAGGCCAACUGUGAAGCCAAUGAAGUUCCUGUGUUCAACAUUGAACAUCUCUGGCAGGAUGUGCGGGGUCCAGCAUCACUGGUAGAGCUAGCCAUUGACCAGAAAACUACCAACUACGGCCUGCUGCGGCUACACUACCAGCUGGCUGUCAUGAUGCAUGCCAUUUUGGUCUUUGGCAUGAAGUCUGUCAAAGUUUUGUCAUUAUUUGACACAAAGGGAAAGAACUCACUAUUUUUGGAUCUGCACCAACACCCUUUGCUUCCAUCACAGAACAUAGAUGCCUUUAUAUCUACCAGCCGCAAAAAUUUCUUUGCCCGUGUCAUUUCUAAUGCGAUUCUAUCACUUGACGUCACCAAGCACAACCAGUCAUCAGCAACAUCACCUGCAUCUCCCACAAGUCCAAACAGGAAGUUUGUAGAUGCUGCCACCAAGUGGCCAGCUCUUGUACUAGAACUUGCCAAGGACUUUGGCCUUGAUCUGGACUUCUUUAAACGACACCAUGUGUGUGAACUGUACUCUGGAGCCCACGACAGAAUGGCCGAGGAGGUUCUUUUAACAGUAAAUGACCAUGAGUUGAUUGGCUCACAACUUCUGUUGAUUGCUGGACACAGAACAGCAUACUUCCUUCUGGACUCCCACAAAUCUAAAGGACUGGACUUGCUGACUUCCGUGUCACCAGCCCUCUCCACUUGGCUCAAGUCCCUGGACAAAGGACAUCUGCGCCAGCCCAAUGUGUCCGCUGAAGACAUCGCAAUGUUAGUUCAGCAUGUGGCCAACAACUUGCCCGAGGGUUACUCCGAGUACGAACUGGCCAUCUCUUUAGUGGACCUAGUACAAUCCAUGUCUUCAAUGUCAUAACAUUAGUUUUACCUCCUGUAACCUCAACACCAAAUGGGUUCAAAUUCUCACCUGUGUUUCUACCAAGAUAAACUCUAUUUUACAUACUCAGCAAAUUACUGUAACACAUUGUAAUUGCAUUCCUCUAUAUUUGGAUGCAAAAUAUUAAUUCUUUAAUGAAUAUUUUGUUUUUACUUUCAAUCUACACAAAUUAAAAUGCUUAUAAUUUAUGCUGCAAAACUCACACAGCUAUUUACAAAAAAAUAUUUAUUUGAGAUUUCAUGGUAUAGGGAAAGCAGUGUCAUGUUUUGGGUUCUGACUAAUGGUAAUAAAAGUCAUGUGUUUAUUUGGUGAUGGUUAUCAAGGGAACUUCAGACAUUAAACUAUACAGAAUUAUAUUUGUGAUUAAUUCAAGCAAGAACAGUGGUGUUGAUUUGAUAUACACCAGUUCUUACACCUGUAUGUACAUAUCUGUCCUACAUACACAAGUCUUACACCUGUAUGUACAGACCUGCCCUACAUACACUAAUCUUACA